CUCCGCGCCGAAAGAGGCACGUUGCCGGGGCAAGCAUCGUAGCUCACGUUCCGUUCUCCGCUAUCCGUGCCACGCGGUUGCCCCGCUCCGAGUUGGCCCGUUCGGCUUCUGACCGAGCUGUCGACAUUGGUUGCUGUUCUUCAGUCAGUGCGUGGCACAUACGAGCAGUGGGAGAACUUCAACAGCGGUUGGUCGUGACUUAGCCUCCCUUCGAGUAGUGCGCAAGAACUGCCCUCCGGAUCGCAUGUCUUCGCUUUGGUGGCGUUAGCGGUUUCGUGUAGCUUGCUCUUAACCUUCGACGUUAUGUCUGGCGUUAGUGUGGCCGUUUGCUACGGCAGUAGGGUUCAAUGGCCCGUCGUAGCGCACUUGUAUGUAAUUUAGGCAUUCCUUGCUGCCCUACUGCCGAACGAUGUAAAUACUCCUUUUCUGCCGCUAGCAGAGAAGUGGAAUAUCGAUUGGUCUAAUAAUAAUUGAUAGGCAUGCCAUUCAAGGGUGCUGUAUUUGUGUUCAUGAUAUACAUUACUUGCGCGGCGGCAUUCAUAAUUUCCCGUCGUUAGCCCGCCCUUAGCUAAUUCCGACCUGUUCACGAUAGUUGCGUGUCAACAAUGUGUGGCAGUGGUGCCGAGGUUGCCAGAAACCGAUUACGGUCUUGACAACACGGCCAGACACUUACGUCAUUCGAUGGGCACUUGCAUACACGGCAGCAUUUAUGCGUGCGAGUGGAGACUGAACUAAGAGACCAAAGUUUCCUGGACACUGUUGCGAAUGACCAUGUUCCGGUGGCGAAGUGGAUGUCAGCGGGUGUUUCCCAGUGACCACAGCAUGAGAAGCUUCACAUUGUUCGCAGCGUGCUUGUACUGGUUUCCAAAUUUUGUGGCGGCGCCGAGUACCGUCCUGAACGGUGACGACUCUUACGGGCCCCGCCUGCUCCAGGAACCUCCGAGCGUGGUGCGCUUUUCGAGCGACGCUGGCGCUUUCCUGCAGUGCACGGCCGAUGGUCGGCCCGUGCCCGCCAUCACGUGGGAAAUGGCCGACGGCAGCCCAGCUCAUACGGUGCCGGGCAUUCGGGAGUUCCGCUCGGACGGAUCGCUGGUUCUGCGACCGUUCGGAAGUUCGCAGUUCCUAGCCGAAGUGCACUCGGCCACCUACCGCUGUCUGGCUUCCAACAACCAAGGGCGCGUCAAAGGCCGCUUGAUACACGUCCGUGGCGUGGUGCCAGAGAGCCUCGUAGUCUCUGUGCCGGAUGUCUACGCCAUUCGAGGGAAUGCAGCCGUUCUACGUUGCCACUUGCCGACUUCAGUGAGAGAUUACGUCACAGUGACGUCGUGGACUCGCAGUGACGGUCUCACAGUGGCAAACACGGUCCCCAUAGGGCAACGGGGCUCGGAAAGCAAGUAUGUGAUGCUACCAACGGGUGAGCUGAUUAUUCGUGAGGUGUCGGCCUCCGAAGCAUUCCACAGCUACCGUUGCCAGGUGCAUGACGCUCUCACUGGUCAGAGCCAUCUCAGCAGCACUGCCGGGAAAGUGAUCGUCACAGAGCCUCUGGGCAAGCUUGCCCCUCGUAUGAUGGAGUCCCGUAGGUCGACGCAAGCGCAACAGGGCAAGCAGGAGGUUCUGCCAUGCGUUGCCCAGGGUCAUCCGUCUCCUCGGUACUCUUGGUUUCGCCUCACAGGUGACUAUAAGAGUAUGGCAACACAGAGUCAUGACAGCGAAGUCCAGAUACCCGUGAAGCCUUCCAAGAAGGUGUCCCUGUUAUCGGGGGGUGCUGUGCUGACGAUUCACGAAGUCGUACCAGACGACGAGGGAAGAUACCUCUGCUUUGCCAACAACUCGGCCGGACAAGACAAAGCCUACAUGGACCUCUUCGUGACUGCCCCGCUGUCGGCAACCAUCGAUCCUCCUGUGCAGCUUGUGGACGCAGGCAGGAGUGCUAACUUGAGCUGCAGGGUGUCUGGGCGUCCUGUAGAAGGAGUUGUGUGGAUGCACAACGGCGUGCCUCUCUUUGCUUCUCCCUCGUCAUCUGGCGGCACUGGGACCGGAAGUGGCAAGAUUACUUCCGUUUCCGGUUCCGCAAAUGUGGCCCUGCUGUCGCGUGACGUGCUGCGCGUCGCUCCAGUGGAGCGCAGGGACAGCGGAAUGUACCAGUGCUUUGUCUACAACCGGCAAGAUUCGGCGCAGGGAACCGCUCACAUCAUAGUCACAGAGGACGCUCCAGUGCUAGAACAUGCGUUUCCCGAGGUCCAAGUUGCUUCUGGUAGCAGUGCGUCCCUCAAGUGUUCCGCGUCCGGGAAUCCCUUGCCCCAAGUGACGUGGACUCUUGACGGGGAAGUGGUUCCCGAGCAUUAUCAUGUCCGAAUUGGAGACUACGUCAGCAGUGAACGCCUCGUUCACAGUUACGUGAACUUGACCAGCGUGCGCGUGGAGGACGGUGGCCUCUACUCGUGCGUGGCGCGAAACAGCGCCGGUCAGGCAUCGCACUCGGCGCGUCUCGUCGUGCCGGGAAAGCCCGUGGCACGGAGGCCCACGGCAAACGUGACGGCGCUGGCAGGCCGCACGGUUCGCCUGUACUGCCCCGUGGCAGGAUACCCUAUCCACAGCAUCGCUUGGCAGAAAGACGGCCGCUGGCUUCCCCAGAAUCACCGGCAACGCAGCUUUCCCAACGGCACCCUGGUGGUGACGCAAGUGCAGCGUAGCCAGGACACCGGCUGGUAUGAAUGCAUGGCUCGCGACGCGCAAGGGAACACCGCACGAGGGCAGCUGGCCGUGCGUGUCAUGACGCCACCUGUGGUGAGCCCGUUCAAUUUUCCGGACGACCUGACUGAAGGCAAGCGAGCGGGCGCAGCCUGCAUUGUGUCCGAUGGGGACCCGCCCAUCUCCAUCGGAUGGCUCAAGGACGGACGGCCCCUGGACGAGAAGGCGUUAGGCGCCACCGCGUCACGAACGAACGAUUACACAUCCUUCUUGUCAAUCAUCGCUGUCCGCCAGGAGCUCCAUCGGGGCCUGUACACCUGCGUCGCUUCUAAUCCGGCAGCUUCGGCCAACUACACGGCACCUAUGCUGGUUCGCGUUGGCCCGCGGUGGCAGCACGAACCUGAAGACAAAACCGCGAUACUAGGUCAUCCUCUAAUGUUUGACUGCCAAGCGCAUGGCUUCCCGAUCCCAGUUAUCCGAUGGAAGAAAGAACGCUUGUCCGAGGACGGCAGCCGCCAGUUUGCAACCAUAACGAGCAGCUCCCACUCCCGCGUGCUGGAGAAUGGCUCGCUUGUCAUCAAUGAAGCUGAGCGCUCGGACGCCGGUCGCUACCUGUGCCAGAUUCAGAAUGGUGUUGGUUCUGGCAUCUCAACCGUGGUCAAGCUCGACGUGCACGAGGCAGCCCACUUCGAGAGGCGUUUCCGUGCCGUGACGGCACGGCGUGGAGAUCCGGUGAGCCUGGCGUGCAAGGCUCAGGGCGAGUCGCCAAUCACACUUACCUGGACACGUGACGGCCACCACUUCAGUCCGACGCAGGAGUCAAGAUAUCUGGUCCAAGAAAACUCAGGCGACGGGUGGUCGGAAUCCGUGCUGCGCCUCGCCAACUCGGACCGACGGGACUCGGCUGCUCUCACCUGUCACGCUGAGAACCCUUACGGUAGCGACGACACUGUCUUCCAGCUCAUCGUUCAGGAGCCUCCGGGGAAGCCGCAGGGUUUGGAGACAAUUCAGACGACGAGCCGUACCGUGACACUUGCCUGGGUGGCGCCAUUCUCUGGAAACAGCCCAGUGCUGAAGUACCUGCUGGAGCACAAGUCUUCGAGCGGUUCUUGGGAGUACGACACGCAGCUUUCACCUGAGGACACCAGCAAGCUCUCGUACCUGGUGACUGGUUUGCGGCCAGCAACAAGGUACGAGUUCAGGAUCCGCGCUGGAAACGCGCUCGGACUAAGUGACCACAGCGACCCCCUGGUGGUCACCACUGACCAAGAAGCUCCAAGCGGUACCCCGCAGGACAUCCAAGUGACCCCGACUGGUUCUCGGAGUCUACACGUCACGUGGAAGGAACCACCGGAGGAGGAGACGAACGGUCCCGUUCAAGGUUACUACGUGGGCUAUCGGGUUCGUGGCAGCGGCCUACCGUAUUCGUACAAGACUCUGCAAAGCGGUGCUCCAUCGUCGCCUGCCCAGUCGCAGCAUCAUGAGUGCGACCUGCGCGAAUUACGGCCCCGUACCCGCUACGGCAUCGUCGUUCAGGCCUUCAACGCUAAAGGUGCCGGACCGGCAUCGGAAGAGGUGGCUGGGCAGACCCUGGACUUUGACCGGCCAGCCUCUCCUCGGCUGAAGCUGGUGUCGUCGACUUCGUCCUCCAUAAACCUGAGCUGGGAUGUGGCAAACGACCAGCCCAUCGACGGCUACCUCCUUUUCAACAAAGCCGAACCGGGCCAAGAACGACGUUCACCCUCUAUUGAGGGAGCGCCGUCUUCAGACUGGUCCUCCGUACAGACAGACGCAGAGCGGUCGACGCACGCGUUCCGUGGUUUGGGUUGCGGCCGAAGUUAUGCGUUCUACGUGGUGGCCUUCAAUGGCGCCGGCCGAGGAGCCCGAAGCAACGUAGUAUUAGCCAAGACGGAUGGGUCAGUUCCCGUGGCACCGGACAUGCGCGAGUUUGUCGCCGCCAACGUGUCCUGGGCGACCCUUCGGCUGGGCACGUGGAGAAGCGGAGGCUGUCCGAUCUCGUCCUUCACUGUUCUCUACAAGAGGCAGUCGUCACCUGGCGACUGGACGCCGGCGGCAACGAGGCAGGUUUCCGAGCUGGGGUUGCCGCACCACCCCCACGUGACUAUUGAGGAUCUGGAGCCGGCAACUUGGUACCAGUUACUGGUCACAGCGCAUAAUGAAGCUGGCUCUACGGAGGCCGAAUAUGUCUUCGCAACGCUCACUCUAGCAGGAGGCACCGUCCCCCCGCCGCACUGGAUACAAGUGAUCGAAUCUCAGCGACGCAGGAUCCACGUUAUCGUGCCUGUCGCAUGUUUGCUCGUGGUUACGCUACUCGUCGCCGUGGUCGUAGGCUGCACCAUCUCAAGGAGGAGACUUGCAGCGCUUCAGCGGCGCCGUCUACUGUGGCGGCCAGGAGAAGUUGACGGCGCUUCCAGGACGGCUACGAAGUGUAUUGACACCGUGCCCAUGACGGUGUGGAAAAAGGCAGGACUCGAACAGCCGACCUCGGGACCUUGCACAGAGAAGCUCUACUGGCCGUCACCCCUGCGCUGCCGAGCGAUGUCGUGCAACGUCUCAGCGGAUGGCGAUGGUGCGCGCUGCAAGACGUGGGCGCGCAGUCUGGCCACCAUCCACGAAGACUACAAAGUGGAAGCGGAAGCGAGCGGCGGGAAGAAGCCGGAGCACAUGUACGCCGUGCCUUUCGCGCCAAGCAAUACACUACAGAAGCUAGAAGAGCGGGAUGAUCUUCUUGCCUCUGCUGAAAGGCUGGCAAGCUGCAUGUCGCCGAGGCAAGAUUUAUCACAUGCCACGGCAAGCCUUGAAGCACGGAGGGAGACUGCCGAAACGGACAGCAGAUAGCCCUGCGUCCCCGGUCACUGUGUGAGUGAGCUGCUGCCUGCCUCUUCUGUGGAAUGAAUGGAACGAAAAUUUUGCUGAAUCACACAACGUCGAUAUUUGCGACAAUUACCAAGACGAAGUGCCUUAGAGAGAAUAUCCACUAAGAGAAGGCAAACAGAAGAACACGUGUACUGUGGUGAAGACUGGUGUUGCUUCAAUUUGAAUGCUGUAUUGCUAACCGUACUGUCUCCAAGAAGUUGAAGCCACGAAGAGCUACUUGGAAAUGAAAUUUGUCAUUGACUGCAACGCCAAAUGUCAAGAGUAUUCAGACAGAAAGCGAUGUGAGAGAGGCUGAUAAGCUUGUGCGAUGGCUUCACGGGAGGGCUGCGAGCCAUAAUUUGUUAUUCUUUUAUUCUAUUUGAUUUCUUUUUAUUGAAGUGAAAAUAAGGACAGUUCAUAAACCUACAAUGGGGACAGCUACAUCUUCUCGCUGAGGGAUGCUUAUUGUCCCAAGCCCUCCACGCCUACGUAAUUGGGCUCCGGCAAAACCAUGUUACCCUUCCGUGCAUCUCUUGACUUUCAAGGUAGGCCAAGAGAAACAGCCACUUGUAACUAUGCUUAGAGAAAUAUGCCGAAUAGUGCCUUUGGACGAAAUGGUUUUCGACAACGUGCACUUCGCAUACAACGCAAAAUUAUUUGUUAAGUUUUUUUUAAGACUGGAUCUACCCUUCCUGCGAUAGACAGAUGAAGUGAUGACUCCACCGAAACCACAGGGGCGGCAAUCAGCGGACACUAGAACGUGUUCCUACAGGGCAACUUCCGGCGCGGCUUCAAGACGGCAGCAACCGUUAUUGCACCAUGAUUAUAUUAGAGGUUCGAUUGCGCAAUAUUUGGACGACAUACACAGAAGAGAACCACACACAAACACAACAGAGCGCUUGUG